UAAUCUCUGCGCAGUACUCGACAGAGAGGGACUCGUCUCUAAAUGUUUUCUUCUUGUUCGUCACUCGGAAACUCGGUUUGUCGUUGAUCAGCAGAUGCCUCUUCUGCACGUUAGUGCAGGUGAAGUUACAAACUGUUAAUAUUAAUUAUUAUAAGGUGCUGACCUUGAACAUUCAGGCGAAGUUUGAUUAGCGUUUUCCUCAUUCUCAGUGCGUUAAUGUGCACUACCCGACAGACAGACGGGCUGGGUGAGUUUUCUUUUUACUCGCUCCUUCAACAUUAAUGCAGCUGCAAACGGAUAAAACAACAGGAUCAUGGCUGGGAUCAAGUGUGCAGUGUUUCUGGUGCUCCUGACUUUUAAGUGGACUUUAACCGGAGGAGAUACCGAUGUGUCCUGCGUUUUCAUGGAGACCUGCAUGCUGCCAUGCAGCUCUGAGGGAGGCACUGCAGUCAUCAUCCACUGGUUCCAGCUAUCAGCAGGAAAUCGUUUUGUUCAUUCAUUCUAUGAUGGCAGUGACCAGCUUGGACUGCAGAACCAGCACUUCAGAGGCAGGACGUCACUGUUCAGCGACCAGAUCUCCUCAGGAAACGCCUCACUGCAGCUGACAGGGGUGAAGGUUCAGGAUGAAGGGCGAUACAAGUGCUACACCAGCACUGAUAAUGGGGUCAAAGAAUCAUUCAUCAAUUUAAAAAUGGAUGCUCCAGUCCAUGAAGUCGACAUUCAGCGGGAAGGAAACACACUCACCUGUUGCUCAGAGGGCAUCUACCCUGAGCCUGAGCUCACCUGGUCCACCAGUCCUCCAUCCAAUGUGAACAGCAAGUGCAACACAGCAAUGCAGAAGACUGAGCAACACCUCUACAACAUCAAUAGCUCUGUGACACCUUCAGACAGUGAAACUGAUCUGACCUUCAGCUGCACCAUCAGCACUCGCCGUAGCACGAGGAGUGUAACUUUGCCCUCCACCUCUUUGCCUAAACCAGGUAAUUCAGGAGCUAUUGUAGGAGGGGUGAUUGCAGCCAUUGUGAUUACAGGAGUAGUAGCAGCAGUAGGCUUCAUGCUGUACAAGCGCAAAAGAGAGCAACAACGUGGAGACAAUGAAACACACAUUAACAAGAAUAGAAGCUCUGCCAUGAAUGGUAAAACAUCUGACAUCCCCCAAGCAGACCCCAGCAGCACCCUGCUUCAGCCCUGCACUGAACCCUCCUGAGUUUUGGAUCUCUGCUCAGUAAAGCACAAACUUUCAUAAGUGAAAAACCUGCUGAAAACGACAUUCAAAUGAGUUACUUAGUUACUCAUACAUGCACUGAGGAGCAAGGACACUUUUUUUGUUGUUGUUUUUUUUUAAUUCUGUUUUCGUCGUAUCCUGAUUCUUGACUUUAUCAAAGUAAAGGUUUGGUUUUACAAUCAUAACCUAAAUAUUUUGAUAUGCCUCCUUCUGGACCUUUGAUUUUUGGUUGUGCCACACAAAGAAGAAUCUUGCGAAGAAGAAGAGAAGUCUCAGUCAGAGAGGCAGCUUUUAAUUGUCUGUGAAAAACUGCUGAUAAACUUGAGUUUAGCUACUAGCUGGUAGCUAUUAAACAUGUUCUUCUACUGUGGAACGAAAAAAUAAUAUUAAGCACUGCAGACAGUUUUAGAUGAUGUGAGAGAUACUUUAGUUUGAGACCACCUUUUUUUUUCUUGUUAUUUGUGUUUACAUAUGAUUGAUUUGUUUUAUGCAGUUUAGCAUAAAUAUAAAUGUAUGAAACUGACCUCCUGCACAGUGUUUACAGCUACUAACUAUUUUCAGUCCUUAAUGGGCUGAGAUGAGG